AUGGCUCGCUCUGACUUUCUCCUCCUCUCCCUCCUCCUCAUCGCCACCGUCUCAUCCGUCGCAUUUGCCGGCGAUGACGCAGAUUGUGUUUACACGUUUUUCCUCCGAACCGGAUCCAUCUUCAAAGCCGGUACAGAUUCCAUCAUAAGCGCAAGAAUCUCCGACAAAUACGGAGACUACAUCGGGAUCCGAAACCUAGAGGCAUGGGGUGGAUUAAUGGGAAAAGGUCACCACUACUACGAGAGGGGCAGUCUCGACAUUUUCAGUGGGAAAGCGCCGUGUCUUCCGAGCCCGGUCUGUUCAUUGAAUCUGACCUCCGACGGCUCCGGUGACCACCAUGGAUGGUAUGUUAACUACGUGGAGGUAGCGACGGCCGGAGUUCAUGCAAAGUGCUCGCGCCAAAGCUUCGAGGUUGAGCAGUGGCUUGCCACCGAUACGUCGCCGUAUAACCUCACCGCCGUUCGGAAUAACUGCCCGGUUUCUCUUUGGGAGAGUGUCGGUCGGGUCGGGUCUGAGAUCCGAAAGUCUCUCUUUUGGAUCGUGUGA